AUGAGCGUGGAUCCUCUUAUGGCCCUCAAUGAUGACCAUCGGGAACUGCAGCGCUUACUGAAAGAAAAUAGAGAACUUAGGAAUGCUAACGCCUCACUGCGUGUUGCAGUGGAGUCAAAACGUGUUUGCAGUAAUUGCAAAGGCAAGACUUCUGUUUCCGCUUCUUCUUCUACUUCAGCAGCAGCAGCAGCAGGUGGAGUUGGUACACUUGAAGGGGGAAAGGAAGAGGCUGGUCACUCAAGUGAGACGAAUAGUAAAUCAUCCGGGAACUCGGUUUCUCUAAAAAAGAUGAAAGAGGAGUUGCAGCGAACUAAAGAAGAACUAGAACGUACUCAACAAGGAGAACGACAAGUAAGUGAAGAAUAUAAGCAGCUAAAAUCUUUAUUUGAAUCUUUUGUAGUAGAGGUAUGUGAACGAGAAGAGGCAUAUAAACUUGCCUUUCUGAGGGCUUAUGAGAAGAUAGAGGAACAAAAAAGUUUAGCGGAGAGUUUACAACGACAGUUAGAGGAGCGACCACCACCAACUCUCAUCUCAGAGACACCAGUAACACCAACACCCCCAUUACCAUUACCAGCAUCAUCAUCACCGCCUGUAGUUAAUGGUUUAGAUCCUUCUUCUUUACACGAUCUCGUGGAUACACUUAGGACGUCACUUAGUGAACUUGAGUUUCGUUUGGGUUUUAACGCAGAUACUAGUAACCGCCAAAUCGCACCGGUUGCUGUAUCGCGUGCAACACGAGGUAAAGGACGCUCAGCGAAGUCCGUCCAUUCCUCACAGAUGGAAAACUCAACUCAUAAUCCUCAACUGACAGAGAACGAACCACAAAGAGAGUUACAAUCACUAACCUCAACAACACCAACACCAACACCAACACUACUACCACCACAACCAAUGAAAAGAGAAGGAAACCAAUAUCAAGAGUCACAAAAUAAAUCACAAGAGAAUCUGAAUAAACCAUCUGUGGUGGAACCGGCACGAGGUGCUGGUGUGUUGCGUAGCUCUACAUUGUCAAGCUCACACAGUACAACUACUGAACGUAAAAAGCGUGUAAGAAAAACACGUGGGGAAACAGAAACAGUAAAACGUCAAGCUGUGGAAGGACCCUCUGAAAGUAGUGCUGCCUCACUUUUUAAAGGGUUUACUCGUACUACAGAAGCCCCGAAGUUAUCUGUGGUAAAUUUUGGAACUGAACCUAUUGCAGAUUAUUUAGCCCUUCUGGAGAAGACAGAUACACAUGGGAUUGAUAUUCUUCGACGUGAACUGAUAAAGUUUUGUGCUUCUAACCUAAAUAUACUGGCAUCAUACGCGGUAGAACACUUCCUUAGCAAGUCUUCUCUGUUAGCUUCUGCUGUAACACUUUGGAAGCAUACAGAGCGGGUAAUGCAUAUAAGUAAGGGUGUAUUUGAAGCAUUUAUAAAGGAAGCUGUUAGAAAGAUGGUGCAUCUUCUUAGCCCUGAAGGUACAGAACCGGUUGAUCACAGUUCACAACUGCGUUGUUUGGCGCUUGUUGUGCGAAUGGCGUGUGCAGUCCAGCUGCGAGAGACUGAUCAAGGUGAGGAAGCACUUUUUGUGGCUUUUUACGAAUGUACAGUGAGUACAUUACGUGCGUGGCGUCUUGGAACUUUAGUGAGUGGACAACAACAUGUAUUGGGUCCAUGGAUGUUGACUGUUCGACACCUCUGCGGAUUUGUAGAAGAUUUUCACAUGGUGAUGCAUUAUUAUGCUAAUUUGGAACAUGUGCUUAAUGCUCUUACAAUACCCAAAUCUCUUACACGCUAUACUAUUCAGGCAGUGAUGUCACUUUGUUACUUUACAUCUUCUUCAGAGUCUUUGACUCCUUCAGUGGGAAAAAGUGGAGAUAUUGAAACUUGGAUGUCAUUCUGUGAUGCUAUGGAUUGGAGUUAUAAUGAAUUGCCACUUGACAUGAUUGUCUCUGCAGCUGCGAGGCUUCUUGCACAAUCUAAUGAUGCAUAUAAACAUGGAGAAGCACUUCUCUCACUACGUCUACUAGUGUUACAGAAAGGUUUUGGUCUUCUUCAACCUCUUAUGGAGGAAUUACGAUCUUCUGGUGGUGAAGUAGAUGUGGAUGCCGCAUUUGCGGAGUUGUUUAGCCUUGCAGUGAUUGAUUUGCAACUGGAGGAUCCUCGUGAUGAGCAAUGGUGCCGAGCCAUGGCAUUCUUUUCUGAUUACUUAAGUACAUGUUCAGUAGAACGAGUAAAGUCAGCAGAGGAGCUUAUUGCUGCUUGUAAGGACACACAUCUGUUGGUCCUGCGGGCUGUGCUGCAAUUGUGCCAUGGUGCCAAUGCGGUAACAGAGAAGAGUGUGGUGCAUUUAACAAAUAUACUUUCGUGGGCGAAGGCUUUGCAAAUAGUGCUCGCCCGCUCCUCUCGUGAGAAUGAAAACGCUAUCGUGACACACCCACUUCGCAAGACGGUUCUGGGGAGACAGCUCCUCUACUUAUCUCAACAGGAACUGUAG